UAAACACGCGCAAUUCACAACCGCUCGUAACUUCGCUCAAUCAAUGAACUUGCACGUCUGAACAAUCGUUUUCCGGUCAAGGACGGAUCGACGAUGGUUGAUUUCCUUCCUGGUUGCAAUUCAUCGAUCUCGAUCAUCUCGUAACGGUGUGUUAUAAUUUGCCAAACAGAUUAGAAGGGUUUUGUCGAGCCUCGUUCCGUCCAAUUAACACCAUCGAUACGCCUAGAAAAUAUUUUGUCCCCUCGAAUCGAAUCCCAUUGCACUGGCCAAAAUCGAACGACGAACGCGCGCGAUUCAUACGCAACAAAGACAAAAGAAAAAGAAGAAAAGAAGUAGAAAAAGUACGUCUGAUAAUGAAGUUUAAUUUCUGUUUUCAGAUUAGCAUGAAUGUCUUCGGGCAGAGAGGGGAAAAAAUUAUAAGUGGUGUUAAGUAGCGACGGCAGGUGAAAAUGGAGUUGGACAAUAAAUUAGCACAAGUCGUUGGUGAGGUACAGUUACGAGUCUAUAUAGAAGACUGGCAAACCGAGUUGCUCGAUCAUUCAUCUUUGAAUAUCGUGAAGAUGAUACGCGCAUUUAUCUCGCUGUUUUUAGCGAGUCUGUCGAUCGUCUCGGUCUUACCCCAAGUGACGUCAUAUGCAAAAGUGUCGAAGAAUGGUCAAGAAGAACCGCAAGCAGGCAACGAUCCGUGGAUCGUCAGAAAUGGAACGGAAACGGAAGGUAGGAGUAUCAAGAACAUCGCGAUCACUAUGUCACCGGUUUAUAUUUCACCGAAAAUCCAGAAUCUGAGGAACGGCGAAGCGAUCAACUAUUCCCCUGGUAGAAGAUACUCGACGUUGGACCACGAAUUAAUAGCACAAUUGAACGCAAAGAAACAGAUUCAGGAUAGAUACCAUCCACCACCGCUGCUUAACUACAAAUCCAAGAAAGAACCAUCGAAAGACACGGAGGACAGUUCGAAACCUUCGAGCGGCCCGAAUGGUCCACCGACCGGUCCAUCGUCUUCGGGUAUGUUUGAAUUUUCUAAUCCAACGUUUUCAGAGGGCUACGACUAUAAGCCGCUGGAUUACCCGAGCAGUAAGCCGAUUUCAAAGCCGCCGGAUUACCUCAGUGACAAACCGAUCUCCAAGCCAAUGUCCAUGGACGAUUACGCAGAUUCUGAGAUAAGCGACAAGCCACCAGAUUCCUACAAACCGGAUUCCUACUUCGCGUCCCACGACCAUGACUCCUCCGACUACUCCGACAAUCCGCCCGACGCGUCUUACAACAAUGACGCAGCACCGAAACCGAUCAAGUAUUCCGGCCAUUUGGAUCAUCCUCCCUUCAACGACGACGACAACAACGACGACGACUCUUAUGGCCAGCAUCACGACUUCCAUCACGAGGUGAUCUACGAUCACAUUCCUGAAUACCACGAGCACCAGACAAUGGCACCAGAAAUGAACGAUCAAAGACUGAACAAGAGGCCGUAUUCGUAUUACUACGUAGGCAAGAAGCUUUGGUACGUUCCACUGUACUUCAGCAUUUAUUUUAUCAUCUACAUCGCGGCUCUGGUGUUGAAGAGCAUCGCCAGACACAAGAUCACGUUCCCUGAGCAUCUAGCGGAUGCUGUGACGCAUACAAGAUCGUACAGUGAUUUUAGUUGGUGGGAUUUUGCGGGAGAAACGCUGCAGAGUAUCGAGAGCUUCGUCGACAAGUAUGGAAAGAUUUCUUAGGGUAUUUUUAUCGAUCGUUUGCGGAUCGAGGAUCGAUCUAGAGUGUUGAGAUAGCAAUUAAGUUGAUGUUAUUGGAAUAUAGUCGAUAAGUAUAUAGUUAAGUAUGUUAUCGGUUUGCUAAGGAUAUACAGUAGCUAUUUGUUGUACAUCGUUGUUACUUGUCGUUAUACAUCUACGUAUUAAUCGAUUAGGUGAAAGUAGAGUGAGAGUCAAAAGUGAGUAUACACCAAAAGAGAAAAGAAACAGUUUCGUAUAAUAGUGAUUUAUUUAUAUAUUUACCUUUCGUCCGAUAAACGAAAGACUGCAAGUACUCGUGCUCUCUGUCACAUAGAUCGUUUGUUAAUAGAAAAUUAAUCGAGUCAAGAAUUGUUCUUGAACAGGCGAUGAUACAUAUUUUUUAUUUAUAAAAUGACAGUAAACAAUAGCAUAACGUAGACCUUUCGUAGAGCUUAGACCGUAAUACAUUGAUUUGGAGCUAUUCUACGGUACGAGCAGUGAUUUUGUGCGUGUAUGUGUAAAUAUUAUUUUAUAGUCAAGUCUUGUAAAUAUCGAAAAGCGCUUCUAAUAGACUAUUUAUUUAAAUGUUAUACAGAACUCUGUUCAUUAGCACAAAUAUAACGUUACAGAUAAUUUGGCAAUUUGUGAUUUCUGGGUACAUGUAAAAUUAAGAGUUGGCAACGCGCAUUCGGCAAAUCGUCGUACCAUCUCAGUUCUAAAAAAUGACCUGUAAACGCAAUAAAAAUCUACAAAGAAAAUUUCACAUUCAACAAGGAAUUUCCGCUCAGCGAUCCAUCCGACCGAAUCCAUCGAGAGUUCGUAAAACGAUAGUGUUGGUCGAAUACCGAAAAAUAUAGAUAUAUUUCCGAAUAACGAAUUAACGUAAGUGAGGAAUAAGAUUUAAUACGUUCGGAUGUAUUCAUUGCUAAAUAGUUAGCAUAUCUCUGUAAAUGUUUUCGUUAAAGUGUCUAAUUAUAUAUGUAUAGCGAAUGUCGUUAUAACAUUUACUGUAUCAACGAUUAAUAGAAACAGGCUGGAAAAUAAAUUUUCUCAAUUGCUCGAAUAACAUCGAAUAAACAUCGUAUGGACAUUUGCCGCGCACUUGGUUCCUAAAUUCCCAAGGAACAAGCGUGGUCGGAUAUGACUGUUUCUUACGAUCGCGCCACGAGCGGUGGCGCAGGUUUUUGGCGGGAUAACAAGCCGGAAUUUGUCAGUAUCGGUGGAAUGGAAAGAAUUACUGGAAACGAUACGAGAAUUCCGAUGGUCUCGCAUUCCGAUUGACCAAUUACGCCAUUUCGACCAAAUCUUAUCCCUGCUUUCUUUCCACGCAUGAUUCCCUUGUUUCAUCGCGUACAGAGAAUACAAAGUUCCCUUUCGUAUCACACGUUUCGCAGACUUCUUGUGUACUCGCGUUGCGUUUUAUACGUAGAGCGAGAACACUCUGUCAUGUCGGGAAUUCUCUUUCUCACGUUUCAGAGGGAAAAAUGUAAAAUUGCGACGCUCUUCAUGAAAAGUGAAUAUUUAUCGAUUUUAUUUUGAGUUUCUUUCUCCUGCUGCCUCUUGUACAACGACGAAUCGGGAAUUCGACAAGAUAAAGCUGCAGGUUAUUGGUAAUGGGAGAAAAUUUUACGACUCUUUAAAUAUAGAAAUUCUCAACGAUAUAGUAAUCGAUAUAAAAUAAUUGAUUUGCACAAUUCGUUCGUCGAACUUCAUCGACCAACAGUUAUUAUCCGAGUUGUCGUUCCGUGAACAUCGAUCAAAAAUAAUAUCGGUUGAAUGCUGCGAGUGAAUUCCGAUCAAAUCUUUCGAUAUAUCGAUGAAUUAUUCUAAUUAACUCGUUACCGAACGGUUCUUUAGGUUGAGCGAUAUUUAUCAUGGUUUUACAUUUUUAUAUUUACUGUUCUCGGAAUUUCAGGAUUUUCGAAUACGUAGAUUCUUCCGAAACGCGGCUCGCUGGAUCUUCCGACUCUUCGUCU